AACACUCUUGUUUUGCAGUUUGAAGAUGCUUGUAGGAGAAGCAUUAUCAUUAUCAUUACAAUUAUCUCUGCUACAAAACGCUUUUUUAAAGUAGCUGGUACGAAUUUAUUUUGUAUUAUUUUUUCAAAUAAGUAUACCUAAAAAUUGUGGGAUUUCGGGCAAAAAAAAAAAAAAAGUAGCAUAAAAUACGUAAUUAUAUGCACGCAGUCUGUUUCAGUGCAGAAACAUUAUUUUUUCUUUUCGUUGACGGUAUAUUGCUUGUCUUUUAGGAGACUGUAGCUGUUUUAUGGUUAAAAUGACCGCAUCCUCGCUUUUGCCCUUUUUUGUGCUGUACCGAUGAUUUGUAGCCUUACCGACUGGGCAGUCCAGCGUUACGCCUUCCCUUCGACUGGCCCUGUAGUACAGGUAGGGUACCUUGUCUGUGAAUUGCACAAAACUAGUACAGUAUGGAUUACAGACACAUUGCAAAUACAGUAGCUGACAAUCUACUGAGCUACAGCAAAGACGAGAGCGGAUGGAAAAUGUGUAAGAAAACGAAUGAGGUAACUGUCUUCUGGAGGCCAUCCUCUGAAUUUUCAGGAAACUUAUACAAAGGAGAAGGGGUCAUCAGUGGAAGCCCAGAAAAGGUGUGGGAGUGUUUGAAACCUGUGCCUGACGGACUCCGAGUCAAGUGGGAUAACAAUGUCAAAAAGUUUGAGCUCAUCCAGUCCGUUGAUGACGAGGUGUCUGUCUGCAGAACUGUAACUCCGUCAGCAGCAAUGGGUAUUAUUUCUCCAAGAGACUUUGUGGACGUUGUUUUAGUUAAGCGCUAUGAAGAUGGGACCAUCACCUCCAAUGCUACCAAUGUUGGCCAUCCCGGUUGUCCACCUCAGCCAGGCUACGUUAGAGGAUUUAAUCAUCCCUGUGGGUGUUUCUGUGUGCCCAUUCCUGGGGAGCCAAGCAAGACACAGCUCUUCAGUUUUUUUCAGACUGAUCUUGGAGGCUAUCUUCCCCGAUCUGUGGUGGAUUCUUUCUUUCCCUCGAGCAUGACCGAUUUUUACAACAACCUCACAAAAGCAGUGAAGUCUUUCAAAGAAAAUUAAUUCUGUCUCUGGACCUGGAAAACCUGAAAAGCAUCAUCUUUUAUAUGUCACUGUAUUUAUUCCCUUCUUUGUGGUGAGAGUGUUACACUUUUAUAAUGCUGUGUACAUGCAUACUGCCAUUGUAUUGCUUUGCUUUUUUUAUCACAAGAAGAAAAGCCUUCUUUGCAAAAUACAGGAAAAUGUUUUUUUUUUUUAACUUUUCAUAGAGAUGCCAGCUGCACUGCACUAUUGUAGCUUUUGGAAAUUUCAGAUUUUACAUUUUUACAUAAUAUUUCAAUACGAUGUGGUUAUUUUUAAUAACUAUUCUUGUGUACGUAUAAGCACAACACAGGGAUUUGUUUUGUUUAGAGCUUAAUCCAACACACUGAGCAAAAGAUCAGCUUUUCUUAUUUCAUUCUUACACAUUAUUUUGAAAUGCAUGUGCUAAAGACAAGUAGACUAAACGGAAAAACUUUUGCUUUGUUUGGUCAAAUGCUGCAUUAUAGGUCAUGGUUAGUGAACCUGGGUAAAUGCAGCAGAGACUAUAGAACCAACAACACAGUAACACACUGUAAUCGUAGACGUUCACUUAGAAAACUUAUAUGUAAAGCAAAUAGCUGCAUUUAAAAACAGUGUUACUAGUUCAUAAAAAUAGACAAAGGCCAAACGCAUAUGUAAAUGGUCUACGGAUUUUCAGAAAAGUAUUUCAAUGUGAGAAGCAUGAACUCUGUCAGUGUUGACCGUCUUAUCUGUCACUGUUCCAAUGCUCUUACUUCAAUUGAAUCGUUCAGGGAGCAUGGCUGUUUCCCAUUGCUUUUAAAAUUGUAACAUGUUACACUGUACUGUACUGUAUUAUCUAUGUGUGCCAUUGACACACAGUUUUAAGUUUGUGUGAUUAGUCUUUGUAAUGGGAGUUCACAGCUAGUUCUGUAUACUGUACUGUACCAGUCAAUAACAUUUUAGAUUCUGAUAGUUUUAUUUUAUUAAAACAUUUUAUAGUAGACUGAGUAAUCUAUGAUUCAAUAAGGUAUUGCAACUCCUUGUUCUUUAAACAGAUUUCUGCUAUGAAAGUGAUAACCCUAAAACUGUGUUGUACUGUAAUUGUAAAGCACUAAGAGAAAAAAUUAUUUUGAGAAUGACCUUAAACUAAAUGUAUUUAUUUUGAAUUUUCUCAGCAUGGGAAUUAAAGGCGUAAUUCUAUAGUGUUUGUGUCCCUUUUUUUCAGGAUUGAUGUGGUUAAGUUGUGUUCUUUUUUUCAGUAUUGAUCUGGUUCAGUUGUAUUCUUUUGUCAACCCAUAGGGACCUACGUCAUUUGCUAACUGCAUUAUUGCAAGGUACCAGAAGAGGUCGCUAGACAAACUAUAUUGGUGUUGCUAGUGUCAGAUAUAGAAGUCCAUAUUCACAAAGCAUUUACCACCAUGCUAUGUUAACACCAGGUUUCAUUUUUUUCCAGAUGUUUAUAAAAAACAAGAAGGGAACUAAUAAACUUUUGAGCAAUGG